AUGUUUUUCUACGGCAUGGGCACGAUGACAGCAUACCUCAUUUUAGAAGGAGACUUUUUACCAGCUCUCUUCGCUUGGAUCGGCGUCAGCGUCCCCCGUACAUUCUGCAUCUUCCUGGUUGCCAUCGUGGCCAUCCCUCUCGUGCUGCCCGAGAAACUGUCUGUUCUUCGCCAUGUAACGCCUAUAUCGACUCUGGCCCUUAUCUUUACUGCUAUCUGCACCCUCAUUCAAGCUCCAGGGCGAGCAGAGAGUCUUCCUGAGGAUCUCACGGUUAACCUGGCUGUUUUCGGAUGGCCUCUUCUGAAGUGCUUGACUAUUACUCUUUUCGCAUAUAUUUGCCACACUAAUGUGGUUCCCGUGGCCAACGAGCUGAUCGACCCCACGCCCAAGAGGUGCUUCAAAGUUAGUUUCAGAGUGGCAGUGCUGCAGCUGGGCUUCUAUAUUCUAAUCGGUGUAUCUGGUUACCUCAGUUUCUUGAGCACUACUCAUCAAAAUUACAUCACGAACUACUCUCACGACGAUGUUCUCAUUAACCUCUGUCGUUUGGCCCUCGCCCUCAGUCUGAUGUGCUCUAUUCCGAUCAACACCAAUCCGACGGCGAGAGCCGCUGUGCAUUUCAUCUCCUCGAUGAAGGAGGUAUCGGCAGCACAAAAUGAGCCUCUUCUUGAUCAGCGCGAAAGGUUACCGUCGUCCCUCCGUUGUGAGAGUCGAAGCGAGAAGAUUCUUCGUAUUUCGAUUUCCCUGAUUCUUCUCGUGGUGACCUUGACCAUUGCCAUAUUGGUGCCUGGCAUCGCUGAUGUUGUAUCCCUCUUGGGCGGUUCCUUGGGAACUCUACUGCUCGUCACUUGCCCUUGCAUUAUCUUCGUAAAGGUGAUGAAGAAGGAAUCGUCACGACUUACAGGAAGGGUCAUUGUUUGGACUCUUUCCAUUUUCACUGUUAUUGCGAUGUUUGCUGUAUGUUUAAUGAUUACCAACGCCGUAGGUUUGACACAUAUUCCUCUCGCGGCACAAUAAAUAUGUCUUCUAUAAAUGUUGUUUUCUGUUUUCUUGGUAAUGUCCUCACCCAUCGCAUUCGUUCUUAUUCAGUCUCUCUACUACUGAAACGUCUCUGUGGGCUCGUGCCUAUGCCUUCCUGUAUAUAUAGUUGUUGUUCAUCGCUCCACUUCGUUGAAUCUUUUCCAGUCGGUCGAGU